UUCACACUCCAUAUUCACACAUGGAAAUCGAUUCUCUGGAAGAUUAUUUCUCAUUCCCAUUCCCAGACACCACCAUGGAUCCCAAUUUCAAUCCAAACGCAAAGAAGCGUCGCAGAAACCAACCCCAACAGACAACCCCUUGGACCGACUUAAACGACGCCGCAUUGAACGACUUACUCAAUUCCCUCAUUCUCUUAGAAAAACACCAACAACCAACAACAACGCUCAUGAAUCCUCACCCAUUCCAACCCCAAUUAAACGACGUCGACUCAUCCCCAACUAAAAAGCCUCGUCGUCGCCCCCAACAAAACGACUCCCUCAUGCAAUUGCAAACGACCAGUUCUUCAACCACCACCGCUCCGCAACGCCGUUUAUGGGUGAAGGACCGUUCCAAAGACUGGUGGGAACGCUGCAACCACCCUGACUUCCCCGACCACGAGUUCCGCCGAUGCUUCCGAAUGAGCAAAGCCACCUUCGACUUCAUUUGUAGCGAGCUCGAUUCCGCCGUCAUCAAGAAGAACACCAUGCUCCGUGACGCCAUCCCCGUUCGCCAACGCGUCGCCGUUUGCAUCUGGAGACUCGCCACCGGCGACCCUCUUCGCGAAGUUUCCAAACGCUUCGGCUUAGGAAUCUCCACCUGUCACAAGCUCGUUCUCGAGGUCUGUUACGCCAUUAAAACCGUUCUGAUGCGAAAGUUUCUCCGUUGGCCAGAUGAAGGCAACAUGAAACUCGUAAUGGAAGAGUUUGAAGCUCUCUCUGGAAUCCCCAAUGUUGGGGGUUCCAUGUACACCACUCACAUUCCUAUUAUUGCUCCAAAAUCUAACGUUAACGCUUAUUUCAAUAAGCGUCACACGGAGAGGAACCAGAAAACUUCUUACUCUAUAACAGUUCAGGGUGUGGUUGAUCCAAAAGGGGUUUUCAGUGAUGUGUGUAUAGGGUGGCCUGGUUCUCUCUCUGAUGAUCAAGUGCUGGAGAAAUCCGCUUUGUAUCAGAGAGCUAGUGGAGGGAGUUUGAAGGAUGUUUGGGUUGUGGGAAAUUCUGGGCACCCUCUUAUGGAUGGGAUUUUGGUCCCUUACACGCAUCAGAACCUUACUUGGACGCAGCAUGCUUUUAAUGAGAAGGUUGCUGAUAUCCAGAAGAUUGCUAAGGAUGCUUUUGCCAGGUUGAAAGGAAGGUGGUCUUGUUUGCAGAAGAGGACCGAAGUGAAGCUUGAGGAUUUGCCUGGGGUUCUUGGGGCUUGUUGUGUUUUGCAUAAUAUUUGUGAGAUGAGGAAUGAGGGAAUGGAUCCUGAAUGGGGGUUUGAACUUUUUGAUGAUGAGAUGGUUGCUGAGAAUGCUGUUCGUUCUUCUGCUUCAGUGCUGGCUAGAGAUCGUAUUGCUCACUAUUUGUUGCACCAUGGCCGUGCUGGCACUACUUUUUUGUAGCUUUUCUCUCUUGUGCCACAGGGAUGCUUACUCGUGUUGUACUGUAGUUUUACCCUCAUUUUGUCAUUCUUUUGGCUAUGCCUUAUUAUUAUAGUCACAGAGGGAAUAAGAUUGUAAUGUUAUGUUAAUGAUGGGUUUAGGUGUGUCAAUAUGUAAAGAUAUUCUUUUAUCCAACCAAAAAAAUUAAUGUACUCUUUGAUUUUCUUACUGAAUGAUUUUGGCCAUGUCCUUAAUGGUUUCAGAGAUUUUCUGCUCAGUUCCUCUUUCGGGUUGUGCUGGUUCGAAACUACGCGCUACUUCUUCCUUAUUAUGCCGUUAAAUUUGACUUUUAAAUCCUCAAUUAAUGUACGCUAACUUGAUACCACAGCGUGUUAAUUUCUUUCUUUUUCUCUCCGGUUCAAUGCCAUGACUCACAUAUUGUUGUUCUGCUGUGUCCUACAAUGUUUGACCCUACGACCCUAGCUCUCCAACCUGGAAAUCUUAAUGAUGUGAUCUAAUUAAUGUUUUUGACUUCUGUCAAAAGUCAAUGUGUCUAGCUCCCAAGACUAAUGUUACAGAGAAUGAAAGUGGAAUAUUUUGGUCGUGUAUCCGCAUUUGGAAUUGGAAAACUGCUGGUCUCAGCAUGCUUUUUUGAACAGUUGGGUUGUUAAAAUCGAUCUGUUUACCCACUAUAAUAUUUUCCCUCUUUUUCUUUUUCUGUUUCAUCCCCUGUCCCAACUACUUUCACUCUUUUCCCAUUAAAAAAGUAGGACUCUUUCAAAGACCGUAGGAUCCCGGUUUCUUUCGUAUGUUUCCCUCUUUCACGCACGUAAUGUUACAGGCCCAAACUCCCCCAACCCUGCGAUCUCUUAACUACCACUGAGCAACUGUCAGACGAUCGACCAAGCCUUUGGGGAAAGGGAAAAAUCUCUUUUUUUCUUUGUGUUUUUGUGGGAGAAUAGAGAAUUUGAGUGAAGGACUAGGGAGGGGUUUUGACUUUGUGCAUGGAGAUAUGAGAAUCACAAGGCGGAGAAGGAGCAAGGAGUUGUAGGUUCGAGCUUGACAUGACAGGUCUCAGUCUCUCAGAUAAAGCAAAUCCGACGGCACAGAAUAACAGGUGACAAAUUUUAUUCUUCCACUGCCCUCAGAUUCUCUCUUGUUGUUGGCGGCUUCUAUUUUUGGCGCUUGGUUUAUGCUGUCGAUAUUUUGGAGUCCCUUUUUCUGUUUUGGCAAAUAUAGUUAUUGCCGCAUCCAACUCGAAUACGGCAAUGGUAAUAUUAGUGAGUAAACUUGGAUGGUUUUGCAUCUUUUGAAUUUGACUGCCUUGAGGAUAAUUGGCUUACAGGGAAUCUUGCAGUUCAUUUAUUUUAACUGAAUAUGUCAAUAGGCCCUUUUUGAUACAUGACAGAUGUAUAUACACGAAUUUACCCUUUACCAUGUACCUCGGGUACAUACGAGAAAGCUUUGCUCUUGCAAUGAAAUUCCCUUCUCAAGGAAUUGUUUAUUUUUCUUCUUCUUCCCUUUCCUUGUUUUUACUUUCAGAAAAAAAAAAUGAAUCUCCUUUUGAAAACCUAGAAGACCCUGCAUUAAUAGCUGAUAGUUGAUAUUCGACACGUGCGUAGUGUUGAAUAUCCACCAGUGAGAUAUUGAUUCUAAUUACCAAGGAUUUUAUUUUGCAAAAGCAGGGGACAGCCUGUGCUUAGAAUGUCAUUUAUGGGAAAAGUUCAAGGAAGAAGCAAAGGUCUGGAGUGAAUAAAUGAAAAUGGGUUGUCCCAUCAUCUGGUGACUAUUGUCAUCACUGUUUUGAAUUUUUUUAAUGGCCAAGCCGAACAGGGACAAUCAAUCAGUUUCGGUUUAAAUUAUGUUCUAUUCUCUUUUGUCUCCGCGAUCAAAAACUUCAGUUCGUGCAAUGGAAAAGUCAGUUAAAUUUUCCAAAGGAGGAAAGGUUGACGAUUUCUAAAGCAAAGGAUCUACUAUGUAGGUUGCUUUGUGACAUUAAGCAUAGGCUCUGUACUAAAAGAACAUUUUCUUUAAAAAAAAUUUACUACAGAACUUUAUAGUAUUAUUGGCCAAGCUCCUCUGUGGUUAAGAGUUUGUCGAAUAGAACAAUCUCUACGGAAUGGAAACAGCAUUUAAAACACGAGUCAGUGAGGACUUGACACUGAAAAUUUUAUAAAUCCGAUGAUGUAAGAUGCUAUAAUUUAUGAAUUCCUUUGUCUGCUUUUCAAUCUCAUCGGUAUCCUCUUUACCUGCAAGACUUAUUUGACUCUGGUUUGGUCCUGCCAUUUGGCCAGUCUGUUCUUGACAGAAGUAGGUGCCAUUGCCAAUAAAGCCAACGGCAGUUGCCACAUGUUUACUCAUCAUUCAUUGCUGCUAUAUAACACCAGUGAAGAACUAUUUUUUCUAUCUGUAGCUUCUUCACUCAUACAUAUUCAAAAUGCAUUUUGCAUGUACUAUAAUAUCAAUAAUCCAAUCAAAUUAGAAAAAUUUUCAAAAUAAAAGGCAAAUUGUCAAUCCUAAUUUAGAAGUUUUGUUGACAAUUAUGUUACCCAGAGAAAACUUGGUCAAGGGCCCUAAUAUCUCUUGCCUUGACAUAUAUUGUACUUAAUUAACGCACGUUCACAUGCAGCAAAUCUGUAAGGGUCAUACACAUUGCACUCUGUUUUACACACCUGACCAUGUACAAAAUAUUUGGCAAGCGAUUAGUGUCAUUCCACAAAAUAUUUGUUCAUGGGUACGAGUAUGUUUGUGUGUGUUAUAUACCAAAAAACUCACGAGCCUUCACUUCAUAAUUUAAGAUUUUGGGAGAUUUGGCACUUUUUGGUAUUUUAGAGCAUUUAUAAUUAAGUGGUUAUUGCUUUUUGCCCCCCUUCGUUUGCAUUUAUACAUCAUUCGGUUCGAAGUGGAAGAGUUCAAUGUACUACAGAAUAUACCAUCAUCAUAACAACUUGAUGAAUGAGCAUGUGUAUGUCUUCAUGGAACUGAGAUUGCGGGUGUGUUUGAUUGAAAUAUUUUAAAUGAGUAUU